AUUUCUGAACCGUCAGCUGAGCUGAGCUGUCAGUGUCAAUGUAAAACAAACCAAAAUUCCAUAAUAACAUUUUAUUUUUCAACAUAAAAGGAAGAAAUCAAAUCAAUUAUUCUUUGUUCCCUGUGGCUGUAGAAAGCAAACAUGAGCAAUAGUGAGAAGAAACGCAUCCCGGACGCGCCGGUGCCGGCGGCGGCCCCGGGGAACUUGCUGUCGAGUGUAGCGCCACCUUCACAGCUCCCCAACUUUGUGACUACCAGUCCGGCUCCUGUGCCAGUUGCUGUGGUACCACAGCUACCACCACAGUUGGCAGCUACUUUAGCUCCUGCUUCACCUGCAUCAAUGCCAAUGGCCCCUACACCAGUGCCUGUUGCUCCAACAUCAGUGCCUAUUGCUCCUGCACCGAUUCCUGUUGUACCAGCUAUGCAGCCUGAUUCACCAGAGAGAUUCUGCCCUGCAAUACCACCAAGUAAAGGAGAACCUAUGCUGUCAAUAAGGUCUCCAGAGGAUUCCCAAACCACACAGUCACCUGAUUCCUUGCCAGAUUCAAUAUCUGAUGUUGAUAAACUUGGCGACAUAAUGCCUGGCAGUGGCCUAUUUACUUGGGUAAAGGGUGCCGUGUCGACUGGCGGGAUUCUACAACGCGUGGCUGAGAAGGCCAAGAACUCCGUCGACUCUAUGAUCACCACACUCGACCCACAGAUGAAGGAGUACCUCAAUAGCGGUGGCGACGUAAACAUAGUGAUAGCUUCGGACAAGGAUGUCAAAAUAUCACCAGUUCGAGAGGCAUUCCAAAUUGUUUUUGGCAAAGCAACUGUCACAGGUUACGAGGCCCAGAGCGACGUAACAGCAGCGCAACCAGUAGGCUACGCCGCUGCUUAUGCGGCCGCCAAGCAGCGCAUCGCGCACAUCCGCUCAGCACAUACCGAAGUUCAUAAUAAUAUACCUAUCGUUGCCGUCGAGGGGUUCUUGCAUGAGGCUGUCACUGACAGAUGGUACGCGAUAGAUUUGCUAGUCCUCUCCCAACCGUCCCUCGGCAUCGAACUCCAACUGCAAUCCCAAGGCUGCCCCGUGCCCGCGGCCGCAGUCGCAGCGGCGCGCGCCAACACGCCCGAAGACUAUGCGCACAUACAGACAGGCUUCAGCGUCACCGUGCCCUCCGUCAUGGCCGACAGUCUGCAGGUCCCCCACACGCAGUGGCAUCAAGCCAGCACUGGUGUAAGCCGGCGUGAACUUCUGCUGUUAGCGGCGCGGUCGCUCGCGGGCUCUUACAAGAAACUAUUAGCGGUGUCUGCCGCUGAAAUAUGAACGAAUUGCUCCUGGAAUUUUGACUGAUGUACAGUCAAAGGAUUUAAUUUUGGUACGUUGUCACAGUGACAAUCAAUAUGAAGUUUAAGUCUAGUAAUAUAAAAGUCGUUAGGGACCUCAUACUAUGAGUAUUGUCACUGACGAGGUACGAAACGGUACUGAAAUUAAAUUCCUUGACCAUACCUACCUAGGAUACGACACCAUAUGUGUACAUUUACGCUAAUAAGAUGUAUCGGGACUAUUCCUUAGAUUAAGCCAGUUUCGUGUACAAGUAACAAGAAUAUGAAUGUCACAACACAAUCUCUUCUUGGGUCUGAAAAUCAAAUUGGUUCCUUUAUUUUGAAUAAUAUGACAGCGUAUAGGUACAUACAUAAAGGCCUACUUAAAAACAAUACUUUUGUAAGUACAACUCUAAAUUACAGUUGUAUACCUCCGAAAAUAAAAUUACUUCUAGAAUGUAAAAAAGUUAUGAUUAAGUUUUUUUUUAAAUACUUUAUUGCACGAUAUAAAAUCGUACAAAUGGCGGACUUAAUGCCUAAAGGCAUUCUCUACCAGACAAGUAAAACCAGCCAGCCAGCCAGCCAGUUAAGUAUUACCGUAAAAGAGUCAUUCUACAGCAAUCUCCCCAUUCCCCUUGCUAUUCCUAUUCGCAAAUUUCCAGAAGAUUCCGCCCAGUAGAAUGGUUGUAAAAUGGAACUUGGCACGGGUUACACAGUCACCAAAAAUGAGAUGCUAAUAAAGCGGCAUCUCCUGCCCGCGUAGCCAACGUGCAUAUUGUUCACGCUCCGUGGCGAACGAAACGUAACUGUCACAGUCGCACUAAUAAAGAAGAGUGAUAGAGAGAAAUGACUACGAUACGCUACGGAGGGCUAACGAUUGUAACGUUGGCUAUGCAGCCUUGGAAUUUGCGAAUAGGUAUGGUCAGGGGCAUGAGAUUUUUUAGACUGAUCCACAACACCCAUCUAUAGUCCAAAAUCUUUCAACUUUGGUCCAAAACUUCUAAAUAUAUUUUAAAUGUCGCAGUUUUGACACAAAAUAUUUUCAUAAAUGGAAGAAAGAAGUCGGGCAACACCUAAAAGAUUGGUAUUGAUACUUAACACCUUCCCCCUUCAGUUGCCCAUAUAUGGGUCACGCCGAAAUAUCUCCACAAGUCCGUGGUCCACAUAGGGGUCACUAAGAUACGGUAAACACGCCUAAAUAAACCUAAUAAGGAGGAAUUUUUGGUAUUUUUUAAUCAGCCUUUCUUUUGAAUUCUAGUCUUCAAACAGACGGCAGCAUUCAGAAAGAUAUUCUACUAAUCCGAGAGCGUACCUGGUGACCCAUAAUAUGGAGCAUGUGAUUGAAGUAAUUUGCUUGGACUUACGAGGAAAUUUAAACAUUUUGUAUUGAUGACUGUUAAUUACUUAUUGAUCAUAGGUGUACUAUUUCUUAUUAUUUAUUUAUUAUUUUAAACUUUAUUGCACAUAAAAAAGAGUACAACAGGCGGACUUAAUGCCAAUAGGCAUUCUCUACCAGUCAACCAUAAGGCAAAACAGAGAAACUUCAAGGUGGGUGCAGUGAGAUUUAAACAAAAAAAAAAACCGUUAAUUUUAAGCGAAAUUAAAUUUCUAAAUAAAUACUAUUUUACUAUUAUUGGGUGGUUUUCCGGUAUAAUAUAUAAUUAGGGCAUCUCAUAAUCGGCUUCCUAGCUCAGUUUUAGGAGCCUAGAAUUCGCUCGACAACCUAAUCUCAAUAAUUGUUUUAUUUAACAAAAAAACGGCUGUCUGUUGACCUACAACGCAGAAGAUAACUAAACCAUUUUAAGGUUGAGCCUGUUUGAUUUUAAGGUUAGGCCUGUUUUUAGUCAUACAAAUAUAUAUAUAUGUAGUUAGUAAAUCCUUUCUAUUUGUAACAUAUAUAGCCUAUUAAAUUAUCAAUAACAUAAUUAAUAUGAAAUAGCUUAAAGCACAACUGUUACGUGUAAAUCAUGUUCAAUAUAUAUGAGGUUUUGAAAUUUACUAUUAUAUAAUACAGAUAAACAGUGUAUACAUUUAAUAAAAUUGUAGUGAUAGGUUACGUAUAAUUUUAAGAUAAAAAUAAUGAUACGAAUAAAAUUUAUAAGGAAA